AUGAACUCAAUGGCUUCAGCAGACCCAGUGGCUGAUUUUGUGUUUGUGGUAGCACCCCACAACAGUUAUCCUGUGAUGCCAGGAGACAUGUCUCAGGCAUCCCUAUGUCCAAACAACCAGCCUCAAGGCCACCUUAUUCCUGGAAACCCACCAGUUUUGAUGCCAUCUGUGAAUGAUCUGUCAGCCCAUAAAGUCUUAAAAGAAGGCAAAGUCCUUGGGGCUAUCCAGAUCCUGAUUGGCCUGGUCCACAUCAGCCUGGGCUCCGUCAUGGCCACAGUACUCUCGGGGUCCUAUAUACCAGUCUCCUUCUACGGAGGCUUCCCCUUCUGGGGAGGCAUCUGGUUUAUCAUUUCAGGGUCCCUCUUGGUAGCAGCAGAAAAUCAGCCAAAUUCGACUUGCCUGCUGAACGGCAGCGUGGGCUUGAACAUCUUCAGUGUGAUCUGUUCUGCUGUCGGAAUCAUACUCUUCAUCACAGACCUAAGCCUCGUGGGAACAUAUACUGACUAUGGUUACUACAGUCGCUAUGACAGCUGGGGUGUGAACCCUGGCAUGGCUGUUUCUGGAGUGCUACUUAUCUUCUGCCUCUUGGAGUUCUGUGUUGCGUGCACAUCUUCCCACUUUGGCUGUAAACUAGCCUGCUGUCAGUACAACAACGAAAGCGUGGUCAUUCCAAAUGUCUGUGCAGCAAAUCCAGUGGAAUUCCUACAACCAUCAAACUCAAUACCAAGCUAUUCCAGCAUAGCCCCGGGCUCCAGAUAA